AUGUGCUUUUACGGUCAAGAAAUGACGCUUUUUGAAGAGGACUCCGUUAUUGUUCUGUCUGAAUCUUCUGCUAGUUCCACGCCUUCUAUUCCGACUUCAGAUGAUUGUUGUCAAAUCUGUGGAGACCAUUUUAAUAAUAAGAGAUACGGAGCACCAGCCUGCCUAGGGUGUACUGUAUUUUUUCGAAGAACAAUAGUGAAGAAUCUGAAAUAUAAAUGUUUGAGAGCCGGCAAUUGUAUCAUUUCCUACACAUACCGAUGUGCUUGUCGAUCCUGUCGGUUUGAAAAAUGCCUUCAAGUCGGAUUACGAGAAAGUGCAAUUCAAAGAAGGGACCUCAUUGGACCCAGAAGAAAAGCUUCUAGAGAAUCGUCAACAAACAGCCAACCCAGCGCAUUUCUAGGAUCUUUUGUUCAAUUCCAACGGGAACAGCAUGCCCAACACUUGCCCUUCUUUGCCGCUCAUGACGCUGACGUGGCAUUUCACAGAGAUAGUCAGAACAUUGUGAAAUAUCGCCGGAGAGCCAGAGCACAGGACGUAAACAUAAUGAUGAAAUUGGCUCUGAAACAAGCAAAUGAGUGGGCAGAUCGGUUGAAACCAUUCAAGAAAUUAUCCAUAGAAAUUAAGAAAAGUGUCUUAUCCGAAUACUUUCUGGCAUUCCUACUAAUCGAUUCGGCUUACAAGACUGCAAAAGAAGCGGAUCUAGGGAUCUGGCUACUUCCAAAUGGGAGCUUCAUGCACAAUGAUUAUUUUUUUGGUCUACCCCAAACAACUAUUGAUGUAGAAGGCAUCAAAGUUAAGACACAACUCCACCAUAACUUUGUGACCAACAUAUUGGGUACAGUAGUAUGGCCGUUCCGAAAAUUACAACUCGAUGAGACAGAGUGUGCCGCAUUGAAGACGAUUCUGAUAUUAAAGCGUACGUCAACAACAUCUAAAAAUGAAAUUUUUUUUUCAAUUUCAGCAUCUUGCUCUAAACGAGCCGUGUAUUCUGGCCAGGAAGGUGUGCUGGCAGGUGUCUACACAAAUUGUAUGGAGGAGUUAAUGAAUCAUUGUAUGAUGAAGAACUUCAAAACUGGAGCUGAAAGAUUUGGGGAAAUCCUCCUGCUAAUAAGCUCAAUCCGAUGUGGUGUCAAGAGUCUAUACAAUCAGACAAGGGUUUCUGAUUUAUUUAGUUUUAUGAGAUUCGAUGAUAGUGUUAGAGAUAUUCUUUUGAUGUGA